AUGUCUUCAUCUCCCGUGUCAGAGCCAGUUGCCAUAUCAUUCAUCGCUGGUCGAUAUUUGCUAUUCGACAUUAAUGUCGUGACUCACCUUCGCCGAACUUACCAUAUCUGCGGUGUUUUGACUGGUACCAUCCCGCAGAUUCCACAACAGAAUUUAUUUCUUGGCCUUCCCGUUGAGUUGCUACCAGAAGAGGCUAAAAUUCUCGUCGAUAAGAAGAUUGCAUACAUUGUUGAGGAUACUCUCUUGCAUAAACAACACUUCGGUUCGCUGGAAGGAUCAGACAGGAAAAAUUACUUGGAUCCCCUUAAAGCCGAGGCAUUACAAGCAAAAAGAGCUGCAGAUACUGAAGCCAGAAAGCGGACUGAAAAUGCCCUAGCAAAAAAAGCUUUGAAAGGUGGGAGUGGGUUGUUACCAAGUGCAUCCAGGCUGAGUAACGAACAGAAAGAUACUGUUUCAAAUCAGCCAGACUCUUUAUUCGAUGAUGAACGCUCUGCUUCCAGAGCAUCAUCUGUGGCACCCACAUCAACAAAACUUUGGGGCAUCACACCAACUAUUUCAUACCCCUCAUCCUCCUUGCCCAAAAACUUUUCAUCUAGUUCAGAUCCAUCCGUUCCUUCAUCAUACCCUUUGUUUGCACACUUGCACUCUCGUGACUAUUUCAUGACCCCUGGUCUCCGCUUCGGAUGCGAUUAUACAGUGUAUCCAGGAGAUCCUCUACGCUUUCACAGUCACUUCGUAGCUACAGGUUAUGAAUGGGAUGAAGAGAUCCGUUUGCUGGAUAUCGUAGGAGGUGGUAGGUUGGGUACUGGUGUCAAAAAAGGUUUCUUGAUUGGAGGUGAGAAUCUCGAAAAGAAAUCGACCGAAGAAGAAAGUGAUGGAGUAAGAACGUUUUGUAUUGAAUGGGGUGGAAUGUAG